AUGGCCACAUAUCGCGAAGCUUGGGGUCUUUUCCAAGAUGAACCUAUGUUCCCUUCCAGUAGUACCGCUAGUUUGUCCAGCGGAACAGGACCGGGGAUGAGGAUGAUCGGCCGAGAUCAGAGCGCAGCAUCAAGUACAAUUUCUAAAACAGAACUCGUCUCGGAACUUCAGCGUCUUCGACAAGAGUUACAAGAGCUACAGUCUGCCAGGUAA